AUUCUGCAGGAGCUGACCCUGCUGGACUCGUCCAACACCAUCUUCAAGCUCCUGGGCCCCGUCCUGGUCAGGCAGGACCUGGAAGAGGCCAAAGCCACGGUGGGGAAACGCCUGGAAUACAUCACAGCAGAAAUGAAACGCUAUGAGCAGCAGAUGCAGGAGCUGGAGCGACGCUCGGAGCAGCAGAGGGAGGUGCUGGGGAGGCUCCAGCAGGAGCUGCAGGGCAAGCCCUGACCCCUCCCUCCGCCCUGAAAUUUUGGGGGGACCCACCUGGCCCUCCUCAGCCCCCCAGCACCCCAA